GCAUCUUUGGUCCCUCUUUCAAGGGAAAGCGCGCCAAAGAUGACUCUCAAGAUGAAAUUAGUCAUGUUAGUUUUAACUCUUCUUCUACUGCUACUAGUGCCAGGAGAGUCACUGCUACUACCACUAGUAGUACUCCCACGGAGGUUAAUAUGUCUCUCGUCGCUGAACAUGAUGAAAAAGUGCGGCAGGAGCAGCAAGUUGGUCAGAAACCUCAAAAGCCUGAGGCCAUAAAAGUCGACUCGGAUUCGGGCGCGACGACACAACGAAGGAAUCUCUUAGCUGAAUCACAUCACUCUUCAACGGAAGGACCAUAA